AGGACUGUGGCAAUAAAAUGAAUUGAGUUUUGACGCGUUUGCGAGGGGGGCGUAAAGUGGCGGACGAUACCGCCUCCGAUAUAUAUUUUAACGGUGCAGGAAAAUGCCCUCGUCUGGCUUCGAAGUGUCUGAUUAUUAUUUAAUCCUCGUCCUGCUUUAGCAGCAGCCCUUCAACGAUAUAAAGUAGCAUCUUAAAUCGGGGCCGAUGUUUCAUUGUUACUGAUGUGCACUGUCGACACGGCACCUUGAGCGCAAAUGCUUCGCGUGUCAAUUCCGCGAGUACCGUACCGCGUAUCAAUCUCGUAGACGGUCAACACUUGAGGUAAGUAAAUAAAUAAAACCGUAUAGUGAUGGAGGGUACGAACGACCAGCUGCAAACGAAGUAUCAAAAAAUCGCUACGGAAUACUCAAAGAUCCGUGCACAGGCUAACGUGUUGAAGAAAGCAGUUAUAGAUGAACAGACGCGGAACGUGGACCUUCGGGAACAGCUGAAAGAGAAGGAUGUUGAGAUACGACGCAACGAACAGGAGCUCGACAGCUUAUCGUUCAGAAAUCAGCAGCUUACGAAACGUGUCACAGUGCUGCAGGAAGAACUGGACGGAAUUCAGAACAGAGGUAAAAAGAACCGCAGUAAAUCCUCGGAGAAGAAGAACGCGUCCUUCCCCCUUCCCGUGUCGAAUCACAUCCUAGACGAGGAGUUCCAAAAAAAGAUCGUUGAGAAUGCUCAGCUGAUUUCCCAACUCAGUGACAAGGAGGUUGAGAUCGUCGGACUGAACGAGAGGAUAGAUCAGUUGGAGUUCAAGCUUGACCAGUUGGAGAAAAACAGAGCUGAACUGGAAAGCAAGCACCAUGCCGCAGCAGCCAGAUUUGAAAAGGAGCGCAAGGAACUACAGAAGAAGUUGAGCGACAAGCAUGAUAAUUCUGUGUCACGACAAAACGGGGAAAAGGAUUCGUUGCACAGGGAUUCGGCACGAAAUUCAAACGACUGUGAAACAGAGGAUUCCGAUUCUGGAUACGGAGUCCAUCAUAUUCAUCACCCAGAAUCAAAGCCCUCGAAUUCACCGUCGCCCCAGAGACUUCUCGGCCCUCGAGCCAAGUCCAGGAUUCCCGAAAAGUCUGUUUCGCAGGAAGAAACUACCGAAGAACUGGACAUUGGCAGAUUGUUUGAACUGGAGAAGCAACUUAACUUCUGGAAGUCAGAGUAUAAUGUGCUCAAGAUAAAGUUUGAUCAAUUGAAAGCAACUGAAGAAACGAAAACUAGUCAAAUUCAAAGUAAUACUGCCGAAUCUGUAGAAAUAACUAAUAUGUUAGGAAGGCUCAGGUCACCGUUUGCCAUUCCUGAAGAGAUCGAGGCUCGUGAAUCAAGAAUCAAGGAGUAUUAUAAGCAGCAGAUUGACGAACUAAUUUCGGAAAAACAUGUUUAUCACAUAAGAAACUUGGCUAUAGCCGCAGAUACUGAAAUAAUGAAUAUACACUUGGAAACGAGCGAGUCUAAGAGGCAACGGUGUGAGGAGGCAUUGCAAGAAUUGCAGGCAAGUCUUGCCGCAAUGCGCGAGGAUCACGAAGUACAAGAGGGAAAUUACAAAGCUCAACUUAGCACUAUAAGUGAGCACCUUGCCAACAUGAAUGAUAAAUUGAUUCAGCAAACAGAGGAGAUACAGCAGCUCAAAUUUGAGUUGGGGAAUAAGAUCAUUGAUAUUUUUUUUUUCCAGAAUGCGAAAAAAGGGAAGCAAAAAUAAAUUUGCUGGCAUUAAGCUGGAGCCUAUGUCACAUUCCAUGGAUAUGCCUGUUAAUCUGUGUGAUUAUCACAACACAUAGUGUAAAACAUAAUCUCGUGUAAAUAAUACAAUGAUGUCCACUACGUUCAUUUGUAGAAUUUAGUCAACGUUAAAUAUUCAGUUUCAUUUUACCUAACGCGGUAUAACCGCCGUCACAUGUUUAUGAGAUUGAAAAUAUAACGUAAGUAAAGGAAAUGAAUACAUGUAUAAUUUAAAGCCUUUCUUGAUCAGUUGUUUUGCUUUUUCAACUCGUUGAGACGAAUUUUAUUAUAAAUUAUCAACAACCUAUGUGCAAUGUUUUCGUAUACCCCUUAUCUGUCGCUAAUCAUUAAUACAUGACAUAAUUUCAUGUAAUAUACUUAUAAAUAUACACGUACGUGUAUAUAUUCCUAUGUACAUACACGUACAUUUUACUUAUAACAUCAACUACCACUUAAAAACUACAAAAUAAAUUAACGAUUUCUUUGCAAUCACUGCGAGUCUGUAAAAAUAUAUGGACCAUUUUCAAAACCGAUAAUUAGAAUCGAGGAGACGAUCUACUAAAAAUUAUGAUUAUUUGUAUCGGGUCAGUCUACUUUAAUAGCAAAACUGGCACCGCAGCUACACCCUUGUUCAGCUAGAGGAUUGUUUGUUAUUCUAAACGCCGAACGAAUUAGUUCCUUGUGAUAUUCAACAGUCGAUCCCUUGACGUACUCCAGCGAAGUUGUGUCUAUGAUCACUUUGACU